UUAGGAGUGCAGUCGCUGCUACAUAAUAAAUCCGAGCACUUCGACAUGAUCGUCCUGGAACCAACGCAUUCAGACGCUCUCAUCGGCUUCGCAGAGCAUUUUAAUGCUUCCCUAGUUGGUUUGUCAACGUUUGGUUCCUCAUGGUUGAUUGAUCAUAUGGCUGGAAACUCGGCGCCAAGUGUUUACAGACCCGUACAACCAAAGGGAUAUUCUCAUGGUGAUUCACUUUUGGAUAAAUGGAACAAUUGGAAUUACAUAGCCGAGGAAUGGAUGAUCGACAGAUGGGUUAUUUUACCUGGACAGGUUGAACUUUUUACACAGUACUUUCAAUUUCCACCGUCACGUUUAUUUGAGCGACGAACAAGCUAUUCCCUGAUAUUGAUCAAUCAGCACUUUAGCCUCGGUCGCGUUCGGUCCAAUGUGCCCAAUGUUAUCGAGGUGGCCGGUUUACAUAUGGCAGAGCCUAGUGAACCGCUCGAGCCAGAGUUGCUAGAGUUUAUGAAUGGGGCGGAGCACGGAGUCAUUUACUUUUCCAUGGGCAUGGAGAUUAUGAACAGAUGGCUCCCUAAGAACAUGGAACAAAAGAUGCUGCAGACCUUUGCACAGCUGAAGCAGCGAGUCGUGUGGAAGCACGAAGAGCACACGUUAGUCAAUAAGUCGGAUAACAUCUACUUGAGUCCCAUGGCAUCGCAGCGUCAGCUCUUGGAGCACCCGAACAUAAAGUUGUUCAUUACACAUGGCGGUCUGUUAAGCACUAUCGAGGCAAUAUACUCGGGAGUGCCGAUGUUGGGCUUGCCCAUCUAUUUCGAUCAGUUCGAUAAUGUGGAGCGCGUGCUGAAGACAGGUUUAGCUCGUAAACUCGAUAUUAACACUUUGACAGAGAAGCAGCUCAUGAAUAAUAUCAAGGAACUGCUCCAAAAUCCCACUUAUGCUCUCAAGGCAAAGGAGAUGUCCAGACGCUUUCGCGACCAGCCAACAAGUCCCAUUGAGAGCGCCAUCUGGUGGACAGAAUACGUACUAAGGCACAAGGGAGCUCCUCACAUGCGAAUGACGGAUCAGGACAUGGCCUUUGUGCCCUAUUAUAAACUUAACAUAUUCUCGAUACUUUUCGGACGUAUUGCGUUCUCUGCAAUCCUCGUCGUCCUUAUCUGCGUCAUUGUUGUUAAUUUUAUGUUAAACAAGUUUCUGAGAAUCGCUGAAGAGCCUUCGAUGUUUUACACAUCUAUUUGAAGAAAAGAAGAGAGAGGUAAUCGUUAGUCAUACAAGUAAUGUGAUAGUUCACAACUGGAAUUGUUACUAUUCCGAUAUCCAUGCCCAGUAAAAAUCGUAAUCUCAUUUAGACAUUAAAAACUUCUUUAAGUAUAAUGGAUACCAAAAAUCUAGCUUUGAAAUUAUUAUCUUUUACAUAAGUAUGUUUACUGUGGACAGAAACUUUUAAUGCAUUUCUAGCAGGAAUAAAACUAUAUGCAAAUACAUAAGCCAAAGUUAUAAUUUAUAACUGAAA